UACGUGGCGGCAAGUGGUCGGCGGACGUCCACCUCGUCUCGGUAUUUCCGACCGCCUCGCACAAAGGAGGGUGGAGCGGGUGUCGAGGGCUUUUUCUGGUACAUUUUCUGGAAUCGGUGAGUUGCGGACAGAGCGACCCGGAAACGGGUUUCGGAGCGCUGCUGCACAGCGGGAGCCGGAGCUGAGAGACAGACGGAGAGAGACCACGAGAUCAUGAGCUACAAACCUAUUGCUCCAGCACCCACGAGUUCCAGUCAGACCCCACCUGGUGAGCCUACCUGUCGUGCCGAGAGGUUACUGCCUCCAGUGUACCAUCACCUUCGGGUUCCUUGCCCGGAGCAGCGUCAUCCUAUAGACCACUGUUCAAUGACUUCGGACCUCCGUCUAUGGGCUAUGUGCAGUCAAUGAAGCCACCUGGUUCUCAGGGUUCCCAGUCGACAUAUGCUGACCUGCUGGCUGUGAUGGAGGAGAUGGGAAAGGAAAUCCGGCCAACCUAUGCAGGCAGCAAGAGUGCAAUGGAGAGACUAAAAAGAGGUAUAAUUCAUGCCCGGGCUUUGGUUCGUGAAUGUCUGGCUGAAACAGAGCGUAAUGCCAGGACAUAGCAAGACAGCAUUCAACAACAGGGAUUCAGUCGCAAAAGACCUGCAAAAACCACUUUUUCGACUUAUGGCAACUGAUGCGGGUUUUCAUCAUUAAUGCUGGAAAAGCUUUUUAAAUUAAAACAUUUUUCAAUAAAUUAAUUUUUUUCAAUGAAA